UUCUUGCACCUAAGCUAAAACCCUCCAGGGCCAGAGGGACGUCGGGUUCCGCUCUGGUUCCAGACCGAGCAGAGACGCAGCAGAAAUGGGAAAGAAGAGAAGAACGGAUUCAGAGGCAGAAAAAGAAGUGAAAGAGCCACAAAACGACUGCGAGCUUAUUAAUGAUGAUGCUCAAAAGAUGAAGAAGAAGCUCCGGAAGAAGGAAAAGAGAAGGAACAUUGAGGAGGAGGAUCACAAAGCCAAGGAAAUACCUACUGUCAGCAUUGCCGUGCCUGGUUCUAUCAUUGACAAUACACAAUCUUACGAGCUUGCUACUCGAUUGGCUGGUGAAAUAGCUCGUGCUGCCACUAUUUUCCGAAUCCACGAGGUUGUCGUAUUUGACAAUAAAAGGAACGCAGAUAAAGACUACAAUGUUGCGAAACCGGAUAACACAGAUGAAGAAAGUGGUGCAGCUUUCCUCAUGAGAAUCUUACAGUAUCUUGAAACUCCCCAGUAUCUAAGAAAGGCUCUCUUCCCAAAACAUAACAGCUUGAGAUUUGUGGGCUUGUUGCCACCCCUUGAUGCUCCACACCAUUUGCGUAAACAUGAAUGGGGUCCAUAUCGAGAAGGUGUCACCCUAAAAGAAAAAGAUUCAAAUUCUGGAGGAACACUAGUUGAUGUGGGUUUGAAUAAGCAUGUUAUAGUUGACCAUGAACUUGAGCCACAAAGAAGAGUUACUGUGGCAAUGGGUGCCAACCGCAAUCUGGAUUCUGAUUUACCACAUCAGAUUGUCUCAUCAUCCAAGCCUAGGGAAGAAGGACUAUAUUGGGGAUAUCAAGUGCGUUAUGCGCAUAAUCUGAGUUCAGUGUUUAAAGAUUGCACAUACAAGGGUGGCUAUGAUCAUAUAAUUGGCACCUCUGAGCACGGUCAGAUUAUCAAGUCAUCUGAUCUUAAAAUUCCAUCCUUCAGGCACUUACUGAUUGCCUUUGGUGGACUUGCUGGGUUAGAAGAAUGCAUUGAAGAAGAUGAUGUCUUAAAGGGGAAAAAUGCAGGCGAUGUAUUCCAUUUAUACUUGAACACAUGCCCUCAUCAGGGGAGCCGGACAAUCCGGACUGAGGAAGCUAUCUUGAUCUCUCCAGUAUUUCCAAGAACCAAUCAGCCGUGCAUUGCAGAGUUGAACGUUAAGUUAGUGGAGAAUACCCGUGGCCAUCAAACAUUCAUUGCAUUGGCUUUAUUUCCUAGUCAUGGAUCCCUCAGGUUUUGUUGAGGCGACAAUUCUGCAAACUCCGGCUAAAAGUAGGACGGGGUCCAUGGUUUUCUGCUCUUUGACAGGGGAAAUAGCCUAGUUUGAAUCUCGCCCCGUACUUACACAGUUACAUUCUAAAGGGAACACUAUGUUGCUCACUUGUACUAUUCUUUUCAGGACCUUUGUGAAAUUGUUGCGGCACCUUGUUUACCUUAACUAGCAGCUUCCAUGCUGGCCCAUCUGUAUAUGCCAUUUAUAAUUGCUUAUGGGUUAUGCUGGAUUUUCUGCUGCGUCAUCAGAAAAGUACAUGCAGAAAGUAUUAUGCAUGACAGUUGUAACUAAUAUUUUGCGUAAGCGUGUUAAACUUUUUAGUCCUUCCUGAAGGGCUUUUGUUUCU